AUGAAAGAUCCUGAAGAUGGGGAUAAUGUAGAAAAAUACAGUGAUAACAACGAAGAACUGUCGGACGGAAAAGAACGAUGGUCUUGCCCAGCCUGUUGUAAACAGGGACGAGUUACCCGAAGCGGAUCCACCUCUUCCACAUGCGGUGCUCGUUCAGAAACCACUGCUCCUUUACAACCAGAUCAGUCUACCCCUACCGACACUCUCACCCUUAUACUUAACCAAUUAUCAACUAUGGCCAGUGACAUAAAGGAUAUUAAGAACUCUCAAUUUCAACUCAGAACUGAUGUUGCUUAUUGUAGAAACUUGCUACAGCAACAUUCGGACUCGAUCUCUCGGCAUGAUGACUUAAUAGCGGCCUGCGAAACCAACAUACAAAAUAUCCAGGUUACUCAAACAGAGCUGUCUUCUAACAUUGCUAAUAUUGAAUCGAGACUUGCAAGAUCUAUGGAGAUGAUGCACUCAGGCAACGGCGCUUCUUCUACCCCUAUUGCCCCAAGCUCCCAAGCUGAGACAAUGGAGUUAUUUAGACGUUCCCACAAUAUCAUUCUGAGGGGCAUAGCUGAAGGUAACGAUGACAUAAACAUAGUAUCAGAGAUAAUUAGGCAUAUUGAACCAUCUGCCGAAAAUCACCGACUCAGCAUCACUCGCCUUGGCAGAACAACUUCAAGCAAUCGUUUAAUUAGAGUUGUGUUUUCCUCACCUAUUAUCGUCAGCAAUAUUUUGCGGAAGAAAAACUCCAUCCUUAGCCACCCCACGCUUCGUCACGUAAAAAUCUCUGACGACAAAACCAGAGGUCAAAUGCAAGAACUACAACACCUUCGCGAAGAGCUUAGACGUCGUCAAACAACAGGCGAAAGUAAUAUUACUAUAAAAUACGUUCGUGGUAAACCUUCUAUAGUACACACAGCUACCCAGGAGAUCACACCUUCAAAAAACUGA